GACUAUAAAUAAUGUACACAUUUGCUGUCAUUGUGUAGUGUUUAUUGUAUUUUCGAUUUCUAUUUUAUGUCGAUUUGCGGAAUUCUGAAUAAAAUUGGCUAUUCAUACAACCAGCAUAUGUAUGGCACAAUACUUACUAUAUGACUAUUGUAAUACUUGUAAAAUGUUAUAAUUUUGUCUAACGCUAAGAUUCUUUUCUUGCACUUGUACAUGUAGGUUCACUGUAUUUUGUUGUGCCGUGUUACCGAAAAUACUUUAAAAAUGGGUGAUUCAGAGUUUGCCUACGGCUCCUCAUUGUCAGUGGAUUCUAUGAAAACAAUAGCGGAAAGUAUAGGUAUAGCGAGUCUUGGGGAUGAUGCCGCUAAAGAGCUGGCGGAUGAUGUGACUUUCCGCCUUAAAGUUAUAGUCCAGGAUAGCAUGAAAUUCAUGCAUCACUCCAAGAGACAAAAAUUGUCAAUAACUGAUAUAGAUAAUACUUUGAAGAUAAAGAAUAUUGAGUGUCAAUAUGGAUUCAUUCAACCAGAUUCACUGCCAUUUAGGUUUGCAUCUGGUGGAGGAAGAGAGUUGCAUUUUGUAGAAGAGAAAGAAGUAGACUUGUCCGAUAUAUUGUCAGCUCCUCCACCAAAGAUACCUCUGGAUGUGUCUGUACGAGCACACUGGCUGAGUGUUGAUGGUGUCCAACCCACAGUGCCUGAAAACCCUCCACCUCUAUCUAAAGAAGCACAGAAAUCAGAAUCAGUUGAUCCAAUCAGUAAAUUAAGCAAACCCACUAAUAAGGAUGCUGCAGGUAAACCAAUGUGUGGUAAAGCAGCUCGGCUGAAGGCGUCAGAGUCGGUGCACGUGAAGCAACUGGCCACGCACGAGUUGAGUGUGGAGCAGCAGUUGUAUUACAAGGAAAUCACAGAGGCUUGUGUUGGCAGCGACGAAGGACGCCGCGCGGAAGCACUGCAGUCGUUAGCCUGCGAUCCUGGUUUACACGAAAUGUUACCAAGAAUGUGUACAUUCAUAUCAGAAGGCGUCAAAGUUAAUGUAGUGCAGAACAACCUCGCAUUGCUUAUAUAUCUGAUGAGAAUGGUCAAAGCUUUGCUUGACAACCAAUCUCUUUAUCUGGAGAAGUAUUUACACGAGUUGAUCCCGUCCGUGUCGACGUGCAUUGUGUCGCGACAGCUGUGCCUGCGACCAGAGAUGGACAACCACUGGGCGCUACGCGACUUCGCCGCGCGUCUCAUGGCACAGAUAUGCAAGACCUUCAACACUUCUACUAAUAAUCUACAGACGAGAGUCACAAGAUUGUUCGCCAAAGCACUGCAAUGCCCGUCACAGACUAAUAACGAGACUGGCGUAGGGCCGUCCAUGGUCACCACUAUGAAGGAAUCGGAGAAAACUCCCCUCGCGUCUCUGUAUGGCGCUGUUCAGGGCUUGGCAGAAUUGGGACCUGAAGUUGUUAAAGUGUUCAUCCUGCCGCGCGUGCGGUGGCUGGGCGAGCGCGUGGAGGGUGCGCUGAGCGGGCUGGGCGGCGCCGACCGGCUCGCGGCCGGCAACCUCAAGCACCAGCUGCUCAAGGUACUGGCGCCAGUCGUGAGGCAGCUGCGCCAGCCGCCGGACCUGCCCGAUGACUACAAGCGUGACUACGGGUACCUGGGCCCCAGCCUGCAGCAGGCGGUGGGCAAGGUGCGCGCGUCGCCGGCGGGCGGCGGCGGCGGCGGCGCGGUGGCCGUGGUCACGUGCACGCCGCCGCUCGUGCCGGCCGCGCCCUCGCCGCACCACGUCGCGCAUGCCUCGCACCAGCCCAAGACUGUCGAGACGAUGGCGACGCGUAACGUGGUGAUCAGCGCGUCCCCCGCGCCGCAGUCGCCCGCGCCCUCCACGCCGCCGCCGCAGAAGUUCGUCAUCGUGUCGCAGCAGAAACCGCCGCAGGUUAAUACGCAGCCAGCCAGCGGGGCCGGUCACAUCGUCGUACACAGCUCGCAGCCGACCAUCGUCCGCAGUCAAAACGUUCAGUCGGUGGUGGUGACGAGUGGCCCGGCGGGCGGCGCGGCGCCCCCGCAGAAGGUGGUGGUGGUGGGCGUGCAGCCGCCGCACCACGCCGCCCCCGCUUCCGCCCCCGUCUCUGCGCCAGCUCACAGCGCCGCGCACGUCAGCCAGGCACCGGUGUCUGUGGUGGCCAAGCCGGUGUUCGCGCGCGGCGGCGCGGCGCCCCCGCCGCCGGAGCUGGACGACCUCUCGCACCUCGCCUGACCCCCCCGCACCUUCAGCGUCGCUAUCAUCAAGCAGUACGCUGCCAAGAAGAAUCACUGAACCAUGUUUUGCUAACAGUUUUCGUGACAGUAGCUCAGUGGGGACUAAUCGGCUCUAGAACUUACACUAACAAUUUUAUGUAUUUAGUAACGAUAUUUGACAAGAUACCAUUAAAACCAUAUGAAGUGUCUCAAAAUCUCCUCUAUAUCCAGAUGUUCGGUCCCCUAGUGAUUAAGUUUGUAAUUAUAUUUGGUGACAUUUGCUAUUUUUGAAUGUAAUUCGCCUUACUAUUAUUACUUUGGUUAAAUAGUUUUAGGAGUAAAUGCUGUAUGAUGAUGUUUACAGUGCACAUAACUAAGACUUAUUUUGGGUGCCCAAUGUAUCAUAGUUUAUAAUAGUGCAAAAUGUGUUAGAAUAUUAUUUCAAAUUUAUUAUAUUAUGUAUGUAAAAUAGCUGAUACAAAUAUAUGAUUAAUUAAAAUCAAAA